UAACGAUGGAGUGGUACGACCUACCUUGGUUAACUGCAGCGACCUGAAGAGAGCUGCUGGCAGGUCCCUGUAACGCGACAAGACAUGCCAUCCGUACCCUCUACAUCACCGAUUACUGGACAGCCUACGCCUUCGCACUAUGUACACACGACCGACUGCCAAUUCGUAGAUAACGCUGGACGUACGCUACUUCUACGGGGAGUCAACCUUUCUGGUUCCGCCAAAGCACCGGUGGGCAAGCCUUCGUACGUGUUGGAAGGUUUCUGGGAGACCGCGGAGAACGGAGGUGAGAGUUUUGUCGGACAGCCGUUGAACUUGGAGGACGGGUCGGCGGACGUACACUUGGCGCGGCUGAGAGGAUGGGGAUUUAAUAUGUUGCGGUACGUCGUGACAUGGGAGGCGCUGGAGCACGAGGGACCCGGAAAGUAUGACUAUGAAUUCAUGGACUAUACGGUGCAAGUGCUACGGAAGUGCAAGGAGUACGGAUUCAAGGUGUUCAUGGACCCCCAUCAGGAUGUGUGGUCACGGUUCUCUGGAGGGUCGGGCGCCCCGUACUGGACUCUUCCUGCCUGCGGAAUCAACCCGCGCAACUUCACAGCGACAGAGGCGGCGAUCAUCCACCCAGAGUACCCAGACGCGAACGCCCCAGACCCCGCGACCUUACCGGCAAUGAUCUGGUCAACAAACUACGGCCGCCUCGCCUCCCGGACGAUAUUCACGCUAUUCUUCGCCGGCAACGACUUUGCCCCAAAGUGCGUGAUCGACGGGCAGAACAUCCAGGACUACCUCCAGUCGCACUACGUCGAGGCGCUGGGCCAGCUCGCGGACCGCAUCCGCGAUGCGGGCGACCUGCUGGACGAGUGCGUGCUCGGGUGGGACAGCAUGAACGAGCCCUUUGAGGGCCUUCUCGGCUGGCGGAACCUCAGCAAGCCGUCAGACAGGCAGACAAAUAUGCUGAAGAAAGGUACGGCGCCGACGCCCGCGCAGUCAUUCCGCCUCGGCAUGGGCGAGGCGCAGACAGUGGAGACGUGGGACUUUGGCUCGUUCGGGCCCAAGAAGACGGGGAGCGUCACUGUCGACCCGAGGGGCGCGAAGAUGUGGGCGGACCCUUCCACCGAGCCGGGGAACGUCCACCCCAAGUGGGGGUGGAGACGGGACCCGGAGUGGAAGCUCGGCGAGUGCGUUUGGGCGCAGCAUGGCGUUUGGGACGUAGAGACUGGGUAUAUCGCCCAACCUGACUAUUUCGUGCGGGUCCCUGGUGAAGCGGAGGAGGUGGAGCCUAUCGAGGAUUACUGGAAACCUCACUUUCAUGCGUUCGCGAAGCGAAUACGGCAGGCGCACCCGGAAGCCAUACUCUUCGUGCAGCCGCCGGUUUUUGCUCAGCCACCCAGCAUCGACGAGGAAGAUCUCAGGGGUCGAUGUUGCUACGCACCGCAUUACUAUGACGGUCUGACCCUGGUCUCGCGACAUUGGAACUGGUUCAACGCAGAUGCCCUAGGAGUCUUGCGUGGCAAGUAUUCCAGUACCUGGCAGGCCAUCAAAUUUGGGGAAUCCGCGAUCCGCAAGUCUAUCCAGGAGCAGCUCGGCGAACUGAAACGCGACGUCGACAUUUUGGGUCGCUACCCCACUCUCAUUGGAGAGAUCGGAACCCCAUUUGAUAUGGAUGGGAAGAGAUCCUACGGGUGGACUGACGACGGGAAGUAUCUGGGCGACUACAGCAAUCAGCAGAAGGCGUUGGACGCCAGCUUGAAUGCAGCGGAUGGGCCGAAUGGGCUGAACUAUACCAUUUGGACGUAUUGCCCGGAUAGCUGUCACGAAUGGGGCGACGGCUGGAACAUGGAGGACUUAAGCUUAUGGAGCACGGACGAUAUGAGGGGAGCGGGGCGGGAGGAGCUCAGGAUGGGCGAGCAUCUGAGAGAGUCAAGUGGCGACAAGUUGCUCGGGUCCCGGACGGACACUCCGACAAUGCCUGUAACAGGAGCCACCACACCAACCUUCGAUGUUGGCUCGCAUCCGAAGGGUUCGCCAUCCGGUUGGAGAGAUCACUACGAUUUCUUGACUGAUGGCGCAAGGGCCGUACGCGCAUUUUGUCGGCCGUUUCCCACGGCUGUUGUUGGUGUUCCUCAGCAGAUGGACUUCAACAUUGCGAAGGCCGAGUUUAAGCUCACUGUCCGCGUUCGCGGCGAAGACGCGCCCAGAAUACCUGAUAGCACGCUGUCGUUAGCGGGGAAGGAGUCUGCCCUCCCUACGGAAAUCUACGUCCCCUUGGUGCACUUCGCGGAUGAUAAACUACUUGGUCAGUCUGAGGGCAAGGAGACGUCUCUUGGUGAUAGCCCAGAGCCUGCAUCCGAGCAUGGACUGGCGUCUCGCAACGCAUCUACAAUCAAUCUAUCACCUAUCGUGUCGCCGCCGACCCUCGCAUCCUCAACAAGCACUCUACUGCCCCAAGCUUCAUCGGACCUUGCUUUGUCCGUGAGCGUGUCGUCCGGCAGAUACGAGGUGCAUGGUCAGACGCUGAAGUGGUGGUACGUCGUACCUGCCGAAGGCGAAGAGGAGCAAGAGUACACUAUCACCAUCAAGCGUCCCGGUGGCCCCAUCAAGGUGAAGUACGACGAAGCUAUCCAGAGCGCUGGAGCAGGCAUGUGGAGCUGGUUAGCUGGAAGUCUAUGUCCGACACCGUCGGGUGGGUGCACGAUUAUGUGAUAGGGUUUGGUCUCGGUUUCAGUGCUCCAUCGCCUCUUCUCUGUGUCAUAUUUAGCGGACUGGCAGCUUGCGCCUCUGCCCUAGAACUUUUGGAUUUGUGGUUAUUGCUUUCUUGUUUUGUCGCGCCCUGCAUCUGUAUUAGUGUGUACAGUACCCCUGGUGUAGCGUAUCUUUCAGCUAAUGACGGCCCUCGACCGGUGUAGUCGUACAUGAACA